GUGCCGUAGUUUGUGUUUGUAGAGAGUAAGACACGAGCGAAGGCGUAAUAAUGAACGGCGAUACGGCUAGGUUGCGACAGUUUUUGACUCCUCGGGAUGACGGGUGGAGAUGCUCCAUGAUGAGUCCAUACCAGCGCCUUGCUCGCCAGAUGCAAGACAUUAGUGGUGAUGGUGGGGUCUUGAAAAAGCUUCUAAAAGAUGGCACAGGGCAGAUGGUUCCAAGAAAUGCAUCUGUGUCAGUUUUAUUCUCAGGGUUUUUGGAGUACUCUGAUCAACCUUUCACUACUAAUGUUAAUAUGAGGAAACCCAGAAUGAUGAAGCUUGGAGAAGAUAUCACAUUAUUGGGUUUACAGAUUGCCCUGCUAACCAUGAAGCAGGGUGAAUUUUCCCGUUUCCUGUUCCAUCCUAAGUAUGCAUAUGGAGAACUAGGAUGUCCACCGGUUAUUCCCCCCAGUGCCACUCUGCUUUUUGAGGUCCACCUGCUAGAAUUCCUGGACUCUGCAGAGAUUGAUGAAUUUUUUGACCUGAGCCAGGGUGAACAGCAGAAUGUUCCCUUCAGCAAGAUGCUAAAGGUGAUAGAUGUGCAACGAUUAUUUGGAAAUAAACUCUUCAAGAACAAGAAUUACGAAGAUGCCAAGUAUAGAUACAAGCAGGCUGUUACUGUUUUAUUGGACCAUAAGAUUUCCUGUGAAUUGGAGCAGCAUAAAGUUGACAGACGGAAGCUUCUCCUGUUUUUGAACUUAUCAGUUACUUACCUGCGAUUAAUUUGUCCUACCAAGGCAUUGCGUUAUGGAAAAAUGGCUUUAACUAUAGACGCCCGCAAUGCCAAGGCACUCUUCCGUUGUGGCCAGGCUUCCUUGGAUUUGGGAGACAUUGAGAGUGCCAAAAACUUCCUCAUAAUGGCACAGACGGAAAAACCCUUUGAUCCAGAUAUUAAUGCACUUCUGAAAAACGUGGUCAGCUGUCACAGGGAAUAUGCUGAGAAGGAGAAGGAGAUGUGUGUGAGGAUGUUUCCCAAGUAAAGCAUAUUUUUGAUAUGGGGCGAGAAGAUCUCAUCCUUCAUCCAAAGUUUCAUGUUUGGCCAUGCCUGCCAUUUGCUUAUUGUUGAAUAUUGCUUAUUACUUAUGUGAUUUAAGCUGUAUUUGUAUUUUUGAACAUUUAUCAGUAUUUAAAGCAAAUUCUUGUUAAUUGUCUAAAUCUUGGUUUGGAAUUCUUCAGAAGCAGUCAGUGCUGAUUAUAGCACCAUAAUUAAUGCAUCAGUAAUCUGCCUUUUCUUCAUCUGAAGAGUAAGUUGUUUUUUUUUGUUUUUUUUUGGCAAAGAAAGCAAAACAGAGGUGAGAGUGGGGAACAAGAAGUGAAAAAAACAUUCAGCCUUUGCAUAACCUUUCCUUUUCAUCUUCAGAAGGACUAGAUAUUCUUCAUCAUCUUAGAUUAGACCUUUUUCCCCUAU